AGAGAUCACUUCCGCCCACAGUAAUCAUGGCGGCUCCAAGUAGAAGACAAGCGUUGAGGUUCAUCGCGCAGUUCGGAGCCUUUAUUCUGACCCGGUUCGGUUUCUGGAACUGUUUCAGCAUGCUGAUGCUUUUCGCCGAGCGGGCCGAUGUGAAACGGAAGCCAGAUAUCCAGGUGCCGUACCUGUACUUUGACAUGGCAGCAGCAGUGUUGUGUGCCAGUUUCAUGUCUUUCGGGGUGAAGAGGAGAUGGUUUGCACUCUGCGCCGCACUGCAGUUGGCUUUCAGCACGUACGCGUCCUACAUCGGUGGACACGUCCAUUACGGAGACUGGUUAAAGGUGAGGAUGUACUCGAGGGUCAUGGCUGUUAUUGGAGCUUUUCUAGUGCUGGCCAGUGGAGCAGGAGAAGUCUACAGGCAGAAACCACGUACACGCUCGCUACAGUCCACUGGCCAAGUCUUUUUAGGAAUCUACUUAAUCUGCGUGGUUUACUCCCUCCAGCACAGUCAGGAGGACAGACUGGUGUACCUGGACCACAUCCCCGGUGGUGAGAUCACCCUUCAGCUCCUGAUCAUUCUCUUUGGUGUGCUUGCUCUCUCCUUCCUCUCGGGCUACUACGUGCGUUUAGCCUCUCAGAUAUUAGCUGUGCUGCUCCCGCUGAUCAUUCUGUUCAUCGAUGGAAACCUCGGCUACUGGCACCACACGCGCCGCGUCGAGUUCUGGAACCAGAUGAAGCUGAUCGGACACAACGUGGCCAUCUUCGGGGCUGUGCUCAUCCUCGGGACAGACGGCUAAACAGGCGAGAAGCGAACAUCAGCUUAGUGGAUUAGAGCUACAUCCAAACUACAUAGAACUGCACUGUGCUAAAUGUCAAAAUAGUGUAUCAGCUCUCGACUUCUACAGCAUCCAAACGUGUAAGAGAUGAACUGCAGAGAUGGUUGUGUAUCUGAUAUUAUUCCAUAUGCUGGUGUGUGGGUUUGUACUUGGAUGCUGAAGAGAUGACAUGCUAUUUUCCCCACAUACUGUUUUCAGCUCAUGUUAAUGUCGCCUGUUUCUCAGGGUCGAAUCGGAAGUCUAAAGGCAAAUGAUUUACGAAUCCAGUUAAACGAUAGAGAGAUUUCACACUGCUACAAUUCUGCCACCUUAUUUAAAGAAAAGUCCGAUUUAAAACCGGCGAUCGAACCUUAAGACACUGUUUACAUUUCAUUUCAGCUUUUUACUAUUAUUAUUAUUAUUAUUAUUAUUUAAAUGUACGAUUUUCAACAAUGUUGGAUUAGAAUUCGAGUCUGUUUAAAAGGCUGUUUUGCUGUUUCUAAUGCUGUAUAAUAUGUUAAAACAAAAAGAGGGGAAUGUUUUGUUUUGUUUUUUUGUCAGCUUUCUGAAGCAAUUCCAAGACUGCUCCAUUCCUGGCAGCUCACAGUACUACAUUCUUUCUUAAUGAAAUAUCAUUGCAUUUAUUAAACAG